CUUGCUUUUAUAUCUACUAUAGGAUCAAGUCAAGCAAUGAAAAAAUGAAAAAAGAUGACCGCUACGUAUCUGCCUUCCUAUUCUACACUAUGCGACCGGUGCCGCUUGCUUGAGUUAGACGAUAGCGCCUUAGGGUCGAGAGGGAUAUACGAAGGUGGGGUAUUGUCGCUCGAGAUCGAGUACCCAGAUGAAAUACGUGCAUCCUACCACAAUGCAUGGGAAGACUCAUUCCCACAGUUGCCGGUUCUUUCGGAAUCGACAAGAAAGGGUUGCAAAUUUUGCGAACAUCUGCGAACAAUAUUUAGACAAGAAGUCCCUCAAACAAUCACUAGGAUUUAUUGCUACGGUACCUCUUAUCAAUGCGAUCCAAACCAAAGGGUCGGAUUGCAGUCCCUGAACAUCCACGCAGAUCUCUAUACCGACGAAGUUCUGGUCCAAAACGUCGUUUUCUGUUUUGCCCUUGACGGCGAGAAGUCCGAAGCGAGUAGAUGGCUUAGGCUUCAGGCACCACCCGCACAUGACCCUUUAGGGGAAGGCAACGUGCAGUUAAUACAGGAGUGGUUAACCAAAGUUGAAAACUGCAAUUCGUCAACAUACUUGCCAACUCGGUUAGUCGAUGUGAGGUCUGAAAAUGGUGAUAUCUGUCGACUGGUGGAAACAAGUUCGGCGGAGUUUAUACAGACAACGGAAACCGAGAGCCAAUCCAUUCGUUACGCUGCCAUGAGCUACUGCUGGGGAGAACCAGAUGAUGCUGCCCGACAACUGCAGACAAAUCGUGAGACCUAUAAAGAAAGAGUUUCUGGUUUUCCUAUGAUGUCAGCCUCUCCUAUCUUAAGAGAUGUAAUAAAGGUCGCCCGUGAAGUUGGAAUGCCUUAUCUUUGGAUCGAUGCCCUAUGUAUAAUUCAAGGCGAUAAAGACGACUGGGAACGUGAAUCCGCAUCCAUGGCCGAUAUAUACAAGAACGCUUUCAUCACCAUAUGUACACCUGCAUCAGACACCUGUCAAAAGGGGUUCCUUGAGCGUCAAUCGUCGUCUACGCCCAUCCCCUUUCAAUCUCGUGUUAACAGCUCAAUUAAAGGGGUAAUCAAUCUUCGAUUUAUUGGUACGUUUCCGUCCUCGAUAGACAGCGUGCGAGGAUUUUAUGCGGAUAUGGCUUUCGAGGAGUCGAACUGGGCCCAGCGCGCGUGGGUGUUUCAAGAACAGAUGCUUUCCCAGAAUCUUCUAGUCUUUGGGGCCUCGAAACUGCAUUUCUUAUUACGUGGCGAUCUAUAUUCGGAGGGCGGCGAGGAUUGUCUGGUAGGAUACUUGAACCAGAUCUCUCAGGAUACCCUGCCACCCAGUUUACAGGACGAGUGGCAUGAUCUGCGGGCCUGGGUCAUGCGAAACUAUUCGAAACUCAAACUGACGAAGCGAGCCGACAAGCUUCCUGCCAUCUCUGGGUUAGCCAGCACGUUCUUUAAAUCUUGUCCAGAUCAGUACCUAGCCGGACUUUGCAAGGAAACCUUAAACAGGGAUCUAUUCUGGUCGAGUCUACUUCACGGACUGAGCCUCACCAAGGCAGCUGUUUUAGAGAACCUCGAGGAUCCGCAUUCGUAUGUCGCGCCGUCUUGGAGCUGGGCGAGCAGAAGCCACGGCAUUGUGUUCGUCGGUCGCCAUGUCGGUACCUGGGGCGAUGACGUGGCUGCGGAGUACAGAGAAGAAUAUGUCAAACUAGAAGCCCAAGUUGGCCUUGAGAGCAUAAAUAACCGAUUCGGAAAGGUUGUAGGAGGAACGUUGACCUUCCAGGGAGUGAUAGCGCCCUGUCCUCGACAGCUUGAGCUUUCAGACACGGAAGGCCUAUCGGAAGGCGACUCUGACGAGAAAUUGUUAAGGGCGAAUACCGAAGACGGACGUUUCAUUGCUAUGGUGCGGUUGGACUGGAGUGUCGGAGGCAAGCAGGAAUCGGCCGAAGGCUUGUCGUUGGUUUUGUUAGGUACGUGUUUAUACCAGGAUGAAGAGGAGUCCGACUCUAGUAGUGUCUUUGAAGACAACCAUGGUUAUAGGAAACAUCGGGGACCAGACAUCGAGAUGGUCUAUGACGAGGAACUCGAUCGAGAUUAUGGAAAAGAAAAUGCUUCGAGGUAUGGGUACGGUAUCGUGAUCCACCCGGCAAGAAGGCGUGGGAAAUAUGUUCGAGUCGGAUCAUUUGAGACAUGGCCUCACACGGAAAGAGGAAGCCUGUCGUAUUUUCGAAAUCGUGAGCCUCAACUCGUAGAAAUUGUAUAGCCAUUUUUGAAACAUUAUAGGUAUAACGGUAGCUCCCGUUGCCUAUUUAAAUUAAGUUAGCGCUAGGUUCGGCACGGAACGUUAAAGACAGUAUGGAGCUUACAGUUUUUGAUAAACCUGUCAAACCCAUCCACACAGACCAGUCAACCUUUGAACACAGCAAGAAAGCUUACAAUAUUGCGCACAAAGAAUUCUCUACGGUCUCGGGGCCUGGGACGUCAUAUGGAGGUUUACGUUUGCUGUAGUUUUGUUCUUAACCCCUGAUAUAUACUUCUCACAACAUGGGAUGUUGCGAC